ACUUGUGUAGCUUGCUGCGUUGUUUUCAAAACGUUGCAACUGUUGAACCGAGUGAAGGCGCCAAAACAACGGCCUUGCCUGUCAUAACAGUAAAGCUAGCAUGGCUGGAAGUCUUCGAAGGUCUACGGGUCCGCCGUAACUAACUCCAUCCACUCCGUUGGAUGAGUGGAUGAGUGGAGUCAAAGUGCACGAGCUGCUUAUCUCCCAUCCCGUUGGGGACUUGUCGUCAAGUUCCUCACGUUUGGGGCAAGAUGUACUGUACAGCGGGAAGUCGGACUUGCUAAAGAGGUAAAGGACAAGUGCCUGGAGGAAGAAGCGAGCCCCUCGCCCCAAGCCUCUCGAGGAGCCAUCCUCAUCUAAGGAGCAGCAGCCCCCCUGAUGCCUCCACCGUCUCACCUAAUAAGGAGCGGAUGGAUGUGGCCGAGGAAGCAUGGCAACCCCGAAGGUGUUGCUGCUCCCACCCACUGGGCAGUGCAAGACUUUGUGCGCGCUUCACAUCCUGAUGCAGCCCAAGAACCUGGUCCACUUCUUCAAAUGCAUGGACAGCAGCUGCAGCUUCACCAGCGACGACGAUGACCUUUUCCUGGUGCACCUGUCGGCUCACCGGGAGCAGGCACUUCUGUGCGUGUACUGCGGUCUCCUGGCCACUAGCGGACCUCGCCUCAUAAAGCACAUGGUCACUGCCCACGGCUCGCGCAAGGCUCAAUGCUCACUGUGCCUGUACCGUGCUUGCUCCAAGACACACCUGGCUUUGCACACUGCGAUCGCACACGAGGGAUCCGUGUUGCCCUGGUACUUGUGCAAGAACAUCGCUCCACCUGUGGUACAGCCCCUCUCCCUGGGCGAUGUCAGUGCAGCGCUCUAUCGGUGCGUAAAUGGGCCGAAGAUCGCGAGAGUGCAAACUUGCCGAUUCUUUUGCCUAACUGCUAAAGCGUUUCGCGAGCACCUCCAGGAGAAUCAUUCGGGCCAUAAGCUGUACACCUGCCACCUGUGCAAGAGACGUAACAAAUCUCCAGCCACUCUGAUAAAACAUUAUGCGCAUUCUCAUGGCUUCCUGAGGGCACAGUGCUUGCACUGUGACUUUGUUCACACGAGUGAAUGGAAGGUGUUCAAGCAUGUUAUGGAGGAACAUGCAGACAAGCCAUUCAGGCUGCUGCUUCGCAGUGGCCGAGCACCGGUAGCUUGGGUUAUGCUUAAGGGCCUGUCGGCCAGCUUACUUUCGAAGUUUGUCGUCACGGAACGCCCUAACAUGUGGGAGGCCUUAGAAAACGCCGUACAGGUCGGCCUGACACCAGACUCCAGUUCUGAGGCUGGCAUCUGUCAAGAGUCAGGCUUAGGCAAUGGCAGGCCACCCUCAGGAGGAAUGAGUGUAUGUAACAGCAUGAAGGGGCUCUUAGCUUAUCCACUGCCGACGGAUUUGGAUCAGCAUACCCUAGAAGAGUGCUCAACGGAGGGAGGGCUCUCUAAUUUCUGCAACAAAGGUGAAGACCUUCGAGAACUGCCCAGUGAGGAUGAAAUUCUAGCAAAUCUUCUCUGUAGCAUUCCAGAGAUUCAGUCACUUCCCAGUGAAAGGAUGUGCAAGUUGCACGAGGACAAUUCCCAAGAACCUGAGUCUUUGCACCAAGGAUUUCAGGUCAGCAGUGUAACCCACGGAGCACAUACCGAAAAAAUGCAGGAACAAGGACGGAGGAAUUCGUUCCUCCAACCUCAUAACCAGGCUAUAGCAGGAGGAAUGAGUGAAUAUAACAGGAUGAAGGGUCUCUUAGCUUUGCCACUGCCGACCGAGUCGGAACAGCAUGACCUAAAAGAGCACUUAAUGGAGGGAAUGCUUUCUGGUUAUUGCAGCACAGGUGAAGACCUUCGAGAACUGCCCAGUAAGAAUGAAAUGCCAGCAAAUCUACAACGUAGCACGCCCGAGGUUCAGUCGCUUCCCAGUGAAAAGGUAUGCAAGUUGCACGAGGUCAAUUCCCAAGAACUUGAACCUUUGCACCAAGGAUUCCACGUUAGCAGCGUAAUCCUCGUACCACGCACCGAAGAAGUACAGGAACAGGGACGGGGGGAUUCGCCCCUCCAACCUCAUAACCAGCCUGUAGCGACAAACGCCGUUACUAAUGUCGGAGAUACAACUGUAGAGUCUGCCAUGUCUUCAGCUGGUGUGGGCAUUAUAUCUGCAGGUGAACUGGCAAUUGACAACAGUUGUGUGGCACCCUAUGUUUGUGUACUUUGCCACAAGCAUCUAGAGAAGGUAGCAUAUUUUGAACGUAUGUCAGUACGCCAUGGGAAGAUGUUCCUCUGCAACCAUUGUGCGACACAAUGUUUAGCAGGGCCGUCCAGCAUUCGGCUGAGCCAAACGGAGCUUCGGCCAGCACUGGAAACUCUUGCUAACAAGAAGUUCUCAGGCGAAGCUGUUAUUUCCAUCAGUGAUUCUGACAGCUCGGAUACAGCUGUGUGUGAGGUGAUCAGCGAUGUAGAAGAGGAAGUUACUGCAACGAAAGACCAAAGGAGCAAAUGGAGUUCAGCGAGGCAAACCCCUCAAAGGGAUCCUUCAGAAAAGUCUCGCCGAAAUUCCUUAAAUGCUCAUGACUCUAGCAACUGUCUGCCUUCAAAUUUUGGGGCUAAAUCCUCAGGAAUAGCACCAGGACGGCCUCCAGUACCCGAAAUAAUUGAUCAGAGGCCCACUGGGCAGUUAGCCUUAAAAUAUACCGACUGCUGUCCAAAUGGGUCUCUUGAAACAUGCCCACCCACUGACAUAGUGGUGCAGAGAAGGCUGCCCGAUGCUCAUUCAGCUCCGAAGUUCGAAAGAACAGAAGGUCUGUCUGGGCCUCUCUGCAUUAGACGAAGAAAAAGAGAGCAUCAGCUAGCAGCAUCUGCAAUAACUGAUCAAAAGCCCGUUGUGUGGUUAGCCUUAAAAAAUACCAACUGCUGUUCAAAAGGGUCUCUCCAAGCAUGCCCUCCCACUGACAGAGUGGUGCAGAGAAGGCUGCUCUGUGCUCAUUCUGCACUGAAGUUCGAAAGAACGGGUCUGUCAGGGCCUCUCUGCAUUAAACGAAGAAAAAGAAAACAUCAGCUAGCAGCACCCACAACAACUGAUCAAAAGCCUGUUGUGCAGUUAAACUUGAAAAAUACCAACUGCUGUCCAAAAGGGUCUCUCCAAACAUGCCCUCCCUCUGAGAGAGUGGUGCAGAGAGGACCGCCCAAUGCUCAUUCUGCACUGGAGUUCGAAAGAUCAGAAGAUCUGCCUGUGCCUCUCUGCAUUAGACGAAGACAAAGAAAGCAUCAGCUAGCAGCACCAGAAAUGAUUGAUCAAAAGCCCGUUGUGCAGUUAGCCUUAAAAAAUACCGACUGCUGUCCAAAAGGGUCUUUCCAAACAUGCCCUCCCACUGACGGAGAGGUGCAGAGAAGGCUGCCCAAUGCUCAUUCUGCACCGGAGUUCGAAAGAACAGAAGAUCUGCAAAGGCGUCUUUGCAUUCAACGAAGAAAAAGAAAGCAUCAACUGGCACCGAAGACUCUUGCUUCCAAUCAAAGAUGCGUUGCAAGGAAAAGCUUGUCGGGAAACGGUCAUUUUGUCAGGCCUUGGAAGCCGUGCAGCAAGAGGUCGUCAUGUGAAACUGCUAUUACCAUCGGUGACCCUGAGGACAAUACAGUUGCAGCCUUACGUGAGGUUCUUGUCCUGGAUAGCGACCCUGAAGACGAAGUUACCGCAACGACAUGCAACGGUUUCUCUUACUAUGGGCUCAAGUCACGGCCGUUGAACAACAGCAAACUUCUUGUCUGCGAUUCGAAUUUGAGAAUCCCUUACGUCGCUUUUGUGAGUGCACGAAAGUUUCAACCUCGACUCGUAGUGCCUAAGUUCGGCAUUGCUGAUUUCAUAGGACAGCAUCCUUGUGAAUAGACUCGGAAGGACUGCCAUUUUUUACAGUUUUAAUGAUUUAGCUCCGAGCAGUGGCUUUGUUAUAGCUGUGAUUUAUGAAACAAACACUGACAGUUGGACAGGCACUUGAAUACCCCUUUGCAAAUAUAGGAUUAUCCCAGGGUCAUCAAAUGUUUUUCAUUUUUAUUAUUGUAACGAAACAAAUAUGUAUUGAUUUUAAGUACCAUUGUUGCUCUUUGAAUAAAGAUUAAACAUGUGCAAUAAUAA